AUGUCCAGAAGAGAGAGCAGAGACUAUUGGUGUAGAGGAGGACGAGGCAACAAAAUUUACUACACAGACUACAGUGAUGUGAUCAGUAUUAAAAAAACUGUUAGAAACAGGCCUGCUGUGACUCUGCAUCCAAACUGGCCUGAGGUAUACAGCGGAGAGACAAUCACUUUGAAAUGUGAGAUCCCAGGAGGAGACACUGAGUGGGAUUAUGAGUGGGCAACAAGCAGCUCACAUCAACCUCCAAACCAAAAUGAAUACAAGAUUAACUCUGUUUCUGCAUCACACUAUGGGCACUACUGGUGUAAGGGCAGAAUGAGAAGUGCACAACAGAAUUCAACAAUGUGGAGUGCAUCCUUUGAACUAAAGAUAGUUUAUGAACGUCAUCCUGUCCUCACUGUGUCUCCAUCAUGGCUGAGUCCUGGAGCCUCAGUAACUCUGAACUGUGAGGUUGAACAUCCGUCUGCAGGAUGGAGCUUCUACUGGUAUAAACUUAUUAAACAGGAGUCAGGCAUGUAUCACCCCUACCUCUAUUACCCCUAUGACUAUUACUCCAGACACAGACACUGGAUUCAUCAUAAUAGAAUUAAUCGCCUCUACAAGUAUGAAUUAUUACCUGGAAGCAUCAGUGGGACUGCACAGGACUCCUACAUCAUUCAUGGACAGACACACACAGCAGGAUAUGUGUGCAGAGCUGGAAGAGGAGACCCAGAGUAUCACACUGAUCCCAGUCAACCAAAGUUUGUCUGGUCUGCAGAUGUAAAUUCAGCAGCCUCUCUCACAGUCAGUCCUAACAGUGUGCAGCACUUCAUUUAUGAUUCAGUAUCUCUGAAUUGUUCUGGAAACUCUUCUCAGUGGAGAGUUAUGAUAUUUACUCAGGACGGCUAUCUGAGAGAACUCCGGGAAUGUGGAAACCGGGGGAUAAUGACUGAAUCCACAUGCAACAUAGAUCUUCACUGGUUCCUCCGGUACCAAGAUGCUGUGUCCUGGUGUGAGUCUGAAUCAGGACUGUUCAGCAAUGGAAUCAACAUCACUGUACCUUCUACUGAUGUGAUCCUGGUGAGCCCUGUCCAUCCAGUCAAUGAAGGGGACUCUGUUGCUCUUGGCUGCAAGUUGAGGAGAGGGAACUUCAAUUCCACUGUUGCAUUCUACAAAAAUGGGAAACUAAUUCAAAAUGAUGACCGAGAAAAGCUAAAUAUCCCUGCAGUGUCAAAGUCUGAUGAAGGUUUCUACAAGUGUGACUAUUCAGGGCAUGAGUCACCAGAAAGUUGGAUGUCAGUAAAAGGAUCCAGAUCUUCACUUUCUGUCUCUCUAAUCACGGGGCUGGUUAGUGGUAUCUCACUGAUUCUCUUGCUGUCCCUGCUGCUCUGUUGUUGGCACAAAAAAUCAAAGGGUGCACUUUGUAUCAGACCAGCCCAGUCUCAGGAAACCAGUCAGGCUGCUGCUACAGUUCAAACUAUGAGCCAGGAUGAAAAUCAGCAGCAAAUAUAUAAAGGAUAUGGUGCCAAGCGUGUGGGGUACUGCGUGAGGAUGUCAGGAGUAGCAGAAGAGUAUGUGAAGGUGGUGCAGGACAUGUAUGAGGACAUAGUGAUGGACAAGAUGACAGAUGAGGUCAUGCAGGAGUCUCUGUGGAUUAUGGUGUUUGCAGAAAACAUUGUGAUGUGUAGUGAGAGUAGGGAGUAG